AUGGGGGAUAUCUGCACAGGAAGGGAGAAUUUAGAGAAACUUCCUGCAUCUCUCUUUGAAGUGACAGUGCAAGGUCAAAGCUACAGCAUCUACAAUGCAGUAUUUGCCAUGGCCCAUGCUUUACAUGCCAUGUCCUUAGCAAUACCCAAACACUCGCAAAUGGUGAGUAGAGGGAGACAGAAGCUUCGGAAGCAGCAAUUUUGGCAGCUCCAUCAUUUUCUGAGAGGUGUCUCAUUUAACAACAGUGCUGGAGACACGGUGUCCUUCAAUCAGAAUGGGGAGAUAAUAUCUAGUCUGGACAUUAUCAACUGGGUUAUUUCCUCCAACCAAUCCUUUCAUAGAGUAAAAGUUGGGAGGAUGGAUCCUGAGGCUCCUCCAGACCAAGCCUUCACCCUUCAUGAAGAUGCCAUAACAUGGCACAAAUGGUUUAAUCAGGUUCGCCCUCUUUCUGUCUGUACUGAGAACUGUCAUGCAGGAUCAAGGAAGAAAGUGAAGGAAGGAGUACCAUUUUGCUGCUAUGAUUGCAUCCCAUGCCCAGAGGGAAAGAUUACAAACCAGGAAGAUAUGAGUGACUGUGAUAAAUGCUCAGACAAAGACUAUCCAAGCAAGAACCGAGAUGCAUGUAUUCCCAAGGAUAUAACAUUCUUGUCUUAUGAAGAACCUUUGGGCAUCAGUUUAGUCUGCUUUUCGCUUUCAUUUUCUCUGAUCACAGCUCUGGUGCUGGGUACAUUUAUGAAGCACCAUGACACUCCCAUAGUCAUUGCAAACAACAGGAAUCUCACCUACAUUCUCCUCAUUUCUCUACUUCUCUGCUUCCUUUGUUCACUGCUCUUCAUUGGCCAACCGGAGAAGGUGACCUGUCUCCUCCGACAAACCGCUUUUGGCAUCAUCUUCUCAGUGGCUGUUUCUUGUGUAUUGGCAAAAACCAUCACUGUGGUUCUGGCUUUCAUGGCCACCAAACCUGGAUCCAGGAUGAGGAGAUGGGUGGGGAAGGGACUGGCCAACACCAUUGUCCUUUCCUGCUCCUUUGUCCAGACAGGGAUCUGUAUUGUUUGGCUAGCAACCUUUCCCCCAUUUCCAGAUGUAGACAGUUACUCAGUGGCUAAAGACAUUAUACUAGAAUGCAAUGAAGGGUCUGUGAUGAUGUUUUACAUUGUUCUGAGCUAUAUGGGCUUCCUGGCAAUUAUUAGUUUCGUUGUCGCUUUCCUUGCCAGGAAAUUACCUGACAGCUUCAAUGAAGCCAAGUUCAUCAGUUUCAGCAUGUUGUUGUUUUGCAGUGUUUGGCUAUCCUUUAUUCCAUCGUACCUGAGCACCAAGGGGAAAUACACAGUUGCUGUGGAGAUCUUCUCUAUCUUAGCCUCUGGUGCUGGACUUCUGGGUUGCAUCUUUUCCCCCAAAUGUUAUAUUAUUGUGUUCAGGCCUCAGCUGAACAACAGGGAGCAGCUAAUAAGGAAGUAA